AUGUCCACUCCAGUUGACAACUCUUUGACCGGUCUCAAGGCAUCCACUGCCCAGAUCAUGGCCAUCAUCAGUGGCACCUGGCAGAUUCCCCUGUGUAACAGCUACUUUUCUCUGAAAACACAGGCUCAAGUGAUCAAGGACUAUGGGUCUGGACCCCUGCCCGGCAUUGUGCUUUCAUGCUCCAAGGAGCUAUUGCAUGUCUGGGGCAUGACUCCCCAGGUCUGGCCCAACUGGCACAAUAUUGGAUAUGAUGAUCCCCAUCUCUUGAUGCACAUCUGGCACCCCAAGCUCCUUGCCUGGGAGGCCUUAGGUCUGAUUCCAGUGGACUUUCCCUCCCCACCCAUCCAUGCCAGCAAUGUUGCCAGUCCCUCCACUGACACCACCACUGAGUUCUGGGACAAGGGGAAAGGUAAGGCCAUUGAUGCUGACCUGGAGCCCAAGGCAGAAGGGAGUUGGAAGAGGAAGUCUCCCAUGAUUUCAGGACUCUCCUCCCAACCACCAAAGUCUGCGAUGAAGACUUGCAAGCAUGUGAAGUCCUCUUGCUGGGUGAUGUCCAAGCCCCUAGUGGACUCAGAAGAUGAGGAAGACAUGGGUAUUCAGCCAUUUUCAGGUGGAGUGCUGGAGGUCAUCCUUCCCCAGCUCUUCAAUUCGCCUAGAUCACCCUGGGUUCCAACCAAAAAGCCCUUUGGCCCUGCUACAGUGAUUGCCAGCAGUCACCUGGCAGUCAUCAAGCCCUCCCAGCUGACUCCCAAAAGCCCAGUGGAGGCACCCCCAGUUAUCAAUGGAGGUGAUAUUCUUAUUCCCGGACCAAACAACCCAUGCCAGGUUUGCACCAAGCUAAAGUGGCCCUGUGCAACUCAGUUGGACAAGAGGACUGGAAAUCCAUGUCAAGUGCAUCCCAGCAACUAUGGGUACCCUGCCAAAACGUGUUUGUGGGUCCUCUACCACCCAGAACACAAGGUCCAGGAUGCCCUCCAAGGCUCCCUCCAUUGCUCCCCCCACCUCCCAAUCCAAGGCCUGGACUCACAGUCAGUCUCGUGGCAAGUCCAGAACUCCGGGUGUCGUGGCUGUGACAACCCCCAAGACCCAGACGUGUGGUCACAGCAAGACCAUCACUGCUGGCAAGGCACCCUGCACCAGCUCAUAACACUUCUGUCUUUGAGUUCAGCAGUCCCUGCUCCAGCACCCAGUCUGGCAGUCCCUGCUGCAGCACUCGACCUGCUCAUGCUGGAUCUUCAUGCCAUGGCAAUUGCAAUUUGGGAUGGCACAGCUCGCAUCACCAUUCUCGAGGCUCAUGUGGCAGAGCAGGAUGAGAUGACACCUGCACCCCCAAAAUUUGAGGAUGCCUUUGCCAUUGAGGGCCUCCUGUUUGAGUACAACUGGGUUGUUCAACCAGAGCUUCCAGAUACGUCCAGCAAAAAUGCAGACCCAGGUGAUCUGGGCAACCUGGUCCCAGAAUAUGAUUCUUCCAAUGACAUGGAUGUUGAGGUGAAGGUUGAAGCAUCUUCUGAGGAGGUUGACAUGGCUAUAUAA